UUUGAAUAUGCAGCAGCAGCAGCAGCAGCAACCAGCUCAAACAGGCCAAUGGUCGAUCCCAGGCCCACCUCAAUAUGGACUCCAUCAAUACCCUCCCAUGCCUCAGCCUCCAUCAGUGCCGUCACGUCUUAAUCCUUAUCCCCCAGAAGUCUACACAUAUGUAUAUCAUCAUUGGAUCCAAGCGUGUCACACACUCUACGGAGGGCAAUACUCGGCCCCUCCUCCCGACCAAUUGGGUGGGUAUCCCCCCGCCGUCCAGGAUACGGGUGUACCGCCGACGGCUGCGCCACCUAGCUAUCCUUCCGCACCCCCCUUGGUGCAACCCACCCAGAACCAACGUUUGGAGCAAGUACCAGAGCAAGCACCGCCGACUAGCUAUCCUUCUGCACCCCCCUUGGCACAACCCUCCUACAACCAACGUUGGGAGCAAGUACCAGAGCAGCAAGCACCGGAGCAGCCCUACCAUUUUGGUGGGUAUCCCCCCGCCGUCCAGGGUAUGGGUGUACCGCCGGCGGUUGCGCAGCCUAGCUAUCCUUCUGCACCCCCCUUGGCACAACCACAACCCUCCUACAACCAACGUUUGGAGCAAAUACCAGAGCAGCAAGCACCGAAGCAGCCCGACCAUUUGGGUGGGUAUCCUCCCGCCGUCCAAGGUAUGGGUGUACCGCCGGCGGCUGCGCAGCUUAGCUAUCCUUCUGCACCCUCCUUGGUACAACCCUCUCGCAACCAACGUUUGGCGCAAGUACCAGAGCAGCAAGCACCGAAGCAGCCCCACCAUUUGGGUGAGUAUCCCCCCGCCGUCCAGGGUAUGGGUGUACCGCCGGCGGCUGCGCAGCCUAGCUAUCCUUCUGCACCCCCCUUGGUACAACCCUCCCACAACCAACGUUGGGAGCAAGUACCAGAGCAGCCAGCGCCGAAGCAGCCAACACCAGAGAAGCAAGCACCAGUAGCCGCCGCUGAGGAAAGCUCUGUCAAGCGUGGAAAGCGCAAGGCGGUGGACUUGGAUGAUGAUGAUGCUCCCCCGCGAAAGAAACAAAUGAUCCACCCCCUCCUUUACCAUCCCGAUUUUGAACUGGUAGAAAGUCACGGUGAAGCCCGUUACAGAUGCUGCCUGACGCAGUGCGAAAAUGCACCUUCAGUACGACAAGCUGAUAUUCAAGGUCAUAUCAGAUCGAAGAGGCACCAGAAGGUUCGGUUCAUAUCACCAGGACGUGACGAAGCUGUAACUCGCGUGGACUCUUCGGAUAUAGGCGGCUCUUUUUCCAAGAACCAGCCAGAGGCCGGCAAGGUGUCUCAAAGACCUUCCGAAGGUUUCACUUCAAGCCAGCCAUUGGAACAUUUUUCCAACAAUGUUGAAGAAAGUGCCAACCCCACUUCGAGCGAGCCGUUGGAAGAGCCUUUCAACAAUCUUGAUGAAACUGUCGAUCCGGCUUGGGACGAGCAGGUGGCUUCGGAUGAGCAGGUGGCUUCGGAUGAGCAGGUGGCUUGGGACGAGCAGGUGGCUUGGGACGAGCAGGUGGCUUGGAACGAGCAGGUGGAAGAGUGGUUCAGCAUUAUCAACAAAGCUGCCGAAUCGACUUCGGGCAAGCAGUUGGAAAAGGCUGUCAACAAUCUCGAAGAAACCGCUGACUCGGCUUCGGGCGAGCAGUUGGAAGAGGUUGUCAUCAACCUCGAAGAAACUGCUGAUUCGGCUGCGGGCGAGCAGUCGGAAGACUUUGUCAACAGUCUUGACGGAACUGACGCUUCGGCUCCGGAUGACUUGUUUGAAUAUUGUAUGAACAAUUGGGACCUAGCUUACAAAGAAGCUCCGGGCGAGCCGUCGUUGGAAGAAUUGAUAAAUCGUUUGGUGUCUUCGAACUAUGAAUUCAUCGCUAUUUAG